GUCACUUCCUUCUGCCUGCCCAUAUAAUGCCCCAGUGCUGGCAGUGGCCACUUUGAAUAUGAUGGCUGCCCAUUCUGUGUCUAUAGAGCAAUAUCAAGAGGGAGACCAGCAGAUGCAGGUAAUGGAGCAUUUGGACAGUGACCCUGAAAAGGGCUUUGCCAAUGGAAACAUGGGAACAUCAAACACCCCUGCAUCUUCUGAACAGCAGACACAAAUGGAUGCUGACAAAUCCUCUAUUUAUAGACAUCCACUUUUCCCUCUUCUGGCUCUGCUGUUUGAGAAGUGUGAGCAGUCCACUCAGGGUGCAGACGCUGUAUCUUCUGCCAGUUUUGAUGUGGACAUUCAGAACUUCGUACACAGUCAAGAGAAAGAGGGCAAGGCCUUCUUCAGUGAGGAUUCUGACCUUGAUAACUUGAUGGUCAAGGCCAUCCAGGUGCUGAGGAUUCAUCUGUUAGAGCUGGAGAAAGUCAGUGAUCUGUGCAAGGACUUCUGCAGUCGUUACAUUUCCUGCCUCAAGACCAAGAUGAACAGCGAGACGCUGCUGAGUGGAGACUCGGACAGCCCGUACUCUCCAGUCCACGACCAGAUGUCCAGCUCUUUCUCGGCCGCCCUCAGCCCUCAGGGCAUUGUGGUGCCUACAUCAGGCCUUCAACAGGGCAGUGUUACCAUGGCAACAGUUAAUCCAUCACAAGUGGUUACAGGUAACACAGUAUAUCAUCCAGUGACUGUAGUCACACCACAGGGGCAAGUUGUGACACAAGCCAUCUCACCUGGAAUACAUAUUCAGAACUCACAGCUCCAACUUCAGCUCAGUCAGGACUUGAGUUUCUUUGGUGCAGAUGACAGCUCGCCUAAAAACAAACGCGGUGUUCUUCCCAAACAAGCCACCAAUGUCAUGCGCUCCUGGCUUUUCCAGCAUAUUGCACAUCCUUAUCCUACUGAAGAAGAGAAGAAACAGAUCGCGACUCAAACUAACUUGACUUUACUCCAAGUCAAUAAUUGGUUCAUCAAUGCUCGUAGAAGGAUCUUGCAGCCAAUGUUGGAUGCCAGCUCCUCAGAGACAACCAAAGCUAAGAAGAAAACCGCUCAGAGCCGCCCACUACAUCGCUUCUGGUCUGACUCCAUCGUCUCUACUGGAUCCCAGCAAGAGCUCACAAUGCCAGACGGUAGCAUGGUUACAGUUGGGAUGAACGUAGACGGCUUCCAAGCGCUUUCAUCAGACAGUGCAACUCUUGCCAUGCAACAAGUUUUGAUGGAAAAUAACAGCGAGGAUGAAACGGAAGAAAGCGAAGACGACGACGACUCGCAUUUGUCAUCUGCCAACAUGACUGGAUUGGGUUUAGAUGUUACUGAUUAAGCGACGUGGAUUGCAGAACGCACACUGCAUGCUUAUAUCGAUUUUCAGCCAAGCUGAUACUUGUGCACUACAAAAAAAUUGAGUACUGUAUGCCUUUACAAUACAAACAAACUCACAUGAACAGUUUACAGAUAGCACAAUGUUACAGAAGGGUGUCGUGUGUGAGGAGUUGCCUGUUUUUAUUGCAUAGCUGUGCAGGUAAGUGCACUUUUAGGUAUGAAAUACUACACUUCGUGGAAAUAGAGGAAAAACUGCAAGUAAACACACGGAGGAGUUUAUUAAGCUCCUUUAGUAAAUGUUUGUUUUCUAUAACUAAUUUGAAUGCCAAGAUUUGAGAGUGUGUCUUUGUGCUGGUUUUAUUCACACUGCAUGCUAAUGUUUUUAUUUGGUGUGUUCACUAUUAUUGACAGAGUCUGAGGACAAAAGAGAUUCUUAUUUUUAUAUAUACAUUGUAAAAAAAGUGUUUUUUCUUUUUUUUAUUAGUUUGUGUUUUAUAAGGAAUAUUUAUGUACAGAAACAGUAUAGCUAUGUGCCCUGCUUUCAGGGGAUUUAAAUUUUUUAGAAAAAAGGUAAAGAUGUUGGAUUUAAAAAACAUUUUUAAUAUGUAAAUUGAUUUUAACACACACACACAAACACACACACAUUAAAAAACUGCCUUAUAUAUUCUUUUGUAAAACUAUUUAGCUAAUAAGCACAGAAAGCCUAACGCAUUGACUAUAUUCAAUAAUGAGUUCUAGUAUCUUCCAGUUUUUAAUGUUUGUUCUUACGCUGAAGAUGUUUCUUCGUUUCAGAGGGGACUUUGUUUUUUGUUUGGGACAAUAUUUUUUAAUCUGACAUACAGGAUGCUUUAGAAUGGAAAGUAGCAAAAAUCGUCUACAGUACGAUCAAAUUAAGGUCAAGCCUAAAUAUUGUACUUUCAGUACAGUUUUUGGGAAUUGUAAAAGUAUAGUAUUUCAUAUUAAAACAUUUUGCAUCAUUGAAAAUAGAUUUUGCAUGGAUGUGGCUAGUUUGUUUUUCCUCCCUAUUUAUUACAUAUUUCAAGCAUAUUGUCAUUUCUGUGUCUAUGGAAACUCUAAAGUGUAAGUCAGUUAUACUCGGUGUAAUGAAUCAUGACACAUCAGAUGAAUGUUUGGCAGGUUAAUAUACUUAAAACAAUAGCGAGUACUGUAUAAGACUACUUACACCAAAUAAAACCUUUUGCAAUUUGAGUGAA